CUGUGAUUUAAGACUACUGUGAUAUAAGACUUGUGCGCCAUACAAGUAUAUAAAUACUUAACUAAAAGAUAGAACGCUACACCCAAACGAACUAACAAUGGCGAGGCAACACGAUUAUGUGGUCUUCGGAUGCACUGGUUUCACCGGUGAAUUUGUGCUCGAAGAAAUGCUUCGUUUGAAUCCAAAAGGCAAGAUAGCGGCGGCCGGUCGUAGUCACGCGAAAGUGGAGGCGACGGUGAAGCGCGUGGUGGGACGAGUUGAGGGCUGUCAAAUCGCAGACGUGGCUAUAGUUGUGGCGGAUGUAAAAGAUACGCAGUCUAUGACCAAUAUGGCGAAGUCGACACAACUGAUUCUGAACUGCGUUGGACCAUUCCGUUUCUUUGGUGAGCCAGUAGUGAAAUGCUGUGCAGAGAACGGCACGCACUAUGUUGAUAUCACUGGGGAGCCAGAAUUCAUGGAGAGGAUGUAUUUGAAGUACAAUGAUGUUGCAAAAUCGAAUGGCAGUUUGAUUGUCAACGCCUGCGGAUUCGACUCGAUUCCGGCCGAUUUGGGGUGCGAGUUUGCUGUGCAGCAAUUCAAGGAUCGUCAACUGGUGUCAAAAGUGGAGAGCUUUCUGUUCAUGCACGCUGAAAAGGGUGGCUCCGCGCACUACACCACCUAUGAGUGUGCCAUACAUGGAUUCGCAAACCAGGGCGAGCUCAAACAAACAAGACAACAAAUCAAGGCGAUGGACGAACAGAAUGGAAGGGGUGGAGCGAUAAGUACGAUCGGCCCCCGCCCCAAGCCCGGCGACCUGAUCCCUUGGAAUAAAGCGAUGGAUGCAUACACACUGCCUUUCCCUGGAAGUGAUGCGAGUGUGGUGCGCCGUACGCAACUUUACAUGGAUAAAGUGGCUGGUCUGCACCCUGUGAACUUCGGUGCGUCCUUCUGCGUGAAAUCUACACUUUAUCUGUUCAUCACAUCCAUUGUGGGAAUGGUCUUCACUUUUCUGGCGAAGUACGAGUUCGGUCGGAAGUUGCUUCUAGACAAUCCAAAACUGUUCAGUUUCGGUGUGUUUAGUCACGAAGGUCCAACAAUAGAACAAAUACACGCAUCCUCGUUUGAAAUGAGAAUGAUUGUGUCAGCAUACGACUCACACGCUGCAAUGAAAGACCACAAAACGAAGGCUCCCACAAUAAAGAAAAUGAUCCGGGUCAUCGGCCCAGAACCGGGAUACAUCGCAACCUCCAGCUUCAUUGUAUGUUCCGCCUUGUCCCUGGUUGAAGACGGCAAGGAGCGUGCUAAGCGCGGGAAUGGGCUAGAUAUCCAAGGGGGUGUAUAUACACCUGCUGUGGCCUUAUUCCAUGAGAAGUUCAUACAAAGACUGGCAAAACGCAACAUCAAAUUUGAAACCAUGGCCAUAUGAAGUAGGUACACACACGGAGAUACAAGAAAAAUACGGCGAUUUGGUUGUUAAUCUUCACCAGUAACUCGAUUCGAGUCAGAUGUUGGCUUAAUUGCUUUACGCGAGGCUCUGCAGUGAUGAGGACAGAGGUGAACACACUUGUCUCACACGCCCACCCAGCAAUUAAACAAUUCGCUUCGAAUGAGAAAUCGACAUUCUCUUUGUUUGUCUCAGUAAGACAAAAAUUACAAUAUUCAUUUUAAAAUAGACAAUGAAAAUUAAAAUUCGAUAAGAAACGC